UGUGGUCCUCAGAGCACUGCGUUUGGCUGGGCUUUCCCAGCUGUUUGUCCGUCCUGCGGCUUGGAAUGAAGGCCUGAACCGUAAAACAGUAGCUUUCCUCGUGAUCCAGAUCCGGUAUCUCCAUCACGUUGCUCUUUGAGAUGUAGACUUUCUGGAAGCAGAGGUAAGUCAUGGCUUCAUUUGUCAAGUAUGAGGCUGAUCUGCUGACUCAUCAAAUGUACCUUGCCAGUGCUCUUGUUCCUACGAUAAGUAACUUUGUACUCUAACUUCUCCGAAAAAAUGUCCCUGAUGCUCAGCUGCUGAUCAUCUUGAAACAAAGCAGUCAGCGGGUCCGUCACCAUCAACCAGGUCGUCUUCUUGUCCUUGCUCACCUCCAGCUUGAACUCCACUCUGCCAAUAUCAGCUGGAUAAGAAGAGUCACAAUCAGAAGAAGCAUUCAUAGCAUCUGGAUACAUUUCACCACAUUCUUAUCAACCACAUAUACAGUACACACAGUACAUACAGUCGUCUGGGGCUGGGAGAUAUUUACCAUAACUAAUUGACCUUGGAUAUCCAUACAAUCUACCAUCAACCACAUAUACAGUACACACAGUACAUACAGUCGUCUGGGAGAUAUUUACCAUAACUAAUUGACCUUGGAUAUCCAUACAAUCUACCAUCAACCACAUAUACAGUACACACAGUACAUACAGUAGUCUGGGAGAUAUUUACCAUAACUAAUUGACCUUGGAUAUCCAUACAAUCUACCAUCAACCACAUAUACAGUACACACAGUACAUACAGUCGUCUGGGAGAUAUUUACCAUAACUAAUUGACCUUGGAUAUCCAUACAAUCUACCAUCAACCACAUAUACAGUACACACAGUACAUACAGUAGUCUGGGAGAUAUUUACCAUAACUAAUUGACCUUGGAUAUCCAUACAAUCUACCAUCAACCACAUAUACAGUACAUACAGUACAUACAGUAGUCUGGGAGAUAUUUACCAUAACUAAUUGACCUUGGAUAUCCAUACAAUCUACCAUCAACCACAUAUACAGUACACACAGUACAUACAGUAGUCUGGGAGAUAUUUACCAUAACUAAUUGACCUUGGAUAUCCAUACAAUCUACCAUCAACCACAUAUACAGUACAUACAGGUCCUACUUGGCUUCUGACUAGUAGUUUAGAAGAAGUAAAUUGGAGAGGCUAAUAGUUGGCGCCCUAUGCUAGCAGCAGCCAUCUGCAAUGAUCCUGUGUGACGUAAUAAAGCCGAGGACUGUGCCGUUAUUUCAUGUCCUAAUGUUACAAAGUCAUAAACAGGUGAGUAAAAUAUUCCAGGUAGUGAUAUUGAAUCCUGCUUUGCCUAAAUGGUCUUACUGGGUGGGCUCUGGGACCAGUUAACCAUGAGAAAGGAGGCAUGACUCGCUUCACCGUAGCGACGCCGUAGCGCUCAACCAUCACAGGCUUUUCUCUCAAACAAGAAAUCUCAUCUUUUUAAAGAAGCCAUUAGUCUUUUACUGAUACGACUGCCAAUACUUCUUUUCGGCUUGAUUUACACAAUGCGCUCAUCUGGGUUGCUGUCGCCAAUCUUCUCAAAGGCAGCUCCCAAACUACCUGUUGGAGACCCCUGCUGUGUACACUAUGUACACUAUGUACAGUACAUGUGCUUCCCAAGUACUUACUGUCCUGGUAGGGACAGAAUGUUGACGAUUUGGUGUAGGGGAACUCGGUGAGGUCAGACGUGACUCCCAGGGGGGGUUCAGACAGGAUGUAGGCCACAUAGCAAGCCUUGACGUCCAUCAGAGAAUAUGUCAGAUCACACGUACGUGUUGAAGUACGGAUGCAGUUUCUGUUCCUCUCUUUGCUCCUGCCAAGCCUGCAAAGAUUCAACAUGUAGACCACAAAUACACAUACUUACUGCUAUCCUAAUGCUGUGUACUACAAUAUUUACAAUCAUAAUACCGUGUACUCCUACACUUCAAGUACUGCAAUAUUUACCAUCUUAAUGCCGUGUACGUGUGGGUAAUAUUAUGUACAAUAUAGAAUACAUGAUGUAUACGUGUAGGUAGUAUUGAUGUUGUCAUGGUGAUUUUUGGUUCUACCCGUCUUUGUUAGCCUUUUUCUUUUUGUCAGGUGAAGGAGGUUUCAUUUUGUCUGUGUGCUCACGUCACAUGACAAGGAAGCCGUAAGAGUGAAUGGAAGUACUGCAGUACAAGGUACAAUACCUGUGUGUCCUGUAUGGCUUCCAUAUGAGACAAAGCGUGUUGUGGUGAUGAAAGUGGCUUGGAGGACUUAGGACUUACACUGAGAACUCCACAGUGUAGGAGUAGUGGCUCGGGAGGGGCUGCCAGCUCAGAAUGGUUUUAAAGUUUGUGGAUUCCCAGGUGACGUUCCGGGCUGUAGGGUAGGAUCCUGUAAAAGUCACAAUUCACGUUUAAUGCUUGGAUUAUCAGCAGUCAUUUCAGCAUGAGCAUGACUGGAAACAUUCUCUACCAAUGGGAAACUUCUCUUUAUUGCACAAUAUUAAGCAAUGGCAUUGUCAUCUUAAAAGCCAUUUUACAGGGAGGGGAGAGGCAGAGUGUGCAAUGUUCUGCAUGUUUCACCUUGCAAGCAACAAGGCUGUACACCUUCCCUGGUAGACUUAACCAACUAUACAGCUCAGUUCAAGUUGAUUACAAAUACAGGUCAAGGCAAGUGGAGAAAUACACUAUAAACUUCAGGUGAAAUUGAGAAAUAAAGAAUAUAGUUGAAGUGAAAUGGAGAAAUAAAGACAGUUGAAAUCAAAUGGAAAAAAUAAAGAAUAUAAUUCAAACAAAAGUAAGCCAAGUGCUUUGCUAGGCAUUUUUUUGCUACAAAUUAAUUGAAUCAAUGUUUUAAGGCGACAUUUUCACGCAUGACGUGUGAUUGUAAAAGAUGAAGUAGUGAAGAAAAGAUGCAGUAGUCGGCUUGAACGGGGUGGUAAUGAUCGCGUUAUGUCAAAUCAUCCAAAUUACCUGAGACGGCGAAAAAAAGCAGCGGGAAAAAGUCAAUCAAUCUUGAACCUUUUGUCCUCAUUUUAAGUCCAGAAAGUUAAUCUGCAGAGAAAUGUCGACUUUGGCCUCGCAGGUACCAUCAGUACUUCUUACAUCGGUACUUUCUGCAGUACUCGCCGAAACCCAAUGACGUCACAAAGGCUUCUCCCAUAACCCAGCAGCCCCGAGGGAUGCCCAGAUAUGGCAUUUCCGGCACUGAGACGCCGGACACCGGAAGCUGCGGUUGAGUUCACCUCUUUAUUUACUUGUUGCAUUUUGGGAAAUAAUGAAGAAUACACACGGUUAAAAGUGACAUUUCACACAGACAAUUCCAUUGAAAUUUAUACUAAUCACAUAACCAAGGUCCUUAAAGCGGUGCAUCGGAAAGGAAACUGGGUCAGGGACCAUGGCUCACAGCUGGCCGGAGACGGCCUCAGUGUACCCCCCCCCCCCCCCCCUGGAAGUGGAAGUGGUGGCCCAGGGCCAGGAAGUCUGGGCUUCCCAGCUGAGAGCCAUCCACACUGAAUUGGUGAAAGAAGACGGAUGGAUUGCUCUGUCAGCAUCAUCCCGUGUGUCUCCCUCACGGAAGGUUGAGGGUUCCAUCCCCUGUCACCAAGUGUCCUUGAGCAAGACGCUCACCAUGUCGGGUCGGAGGCGAAAGACCAGCGGCACAGAAUAACGCAGCGCAUUCAGGGUGCUUACGACCGAAGAACUCCAUGACUGAUGCACCUCUCGGCUCCGUGGGAUCCGAUGAAUGGCGUACUAGGAAACAUUUACAGAAGUAUUUGAAGAAGUACUGCAUUUGCAUUUCCUCCAUCUUUGGAUCCUCUAAAGCACAGAAGAAGAUACUCAAUGAUGAUCAGCAGUCACAACUCCGUGUCAUCCCACCAUCUCCACGAUGGCCCCGCCUACCUCCUCCCGAAGAUCAACAAGUGCGGAGACUUGCCGAGCCAACCCACGGUUGCAAUUCUAGGAUCAGGGGAUUUCUCCAAGUGUCUGACUGUUCGUCUGCUGCGCUGCGGCUUCCACGUGGUGAUUGGCAGUCGGUAUCCAAAUCAAGCAGCCCAAGUCUUCCCCCACGUGGUGGACGUGACACAUCAUGAGGACGCGGUGGGCAAGGCCAACGUCGUCAUCUUAGCCAUCCAUCGAGAGCACUACGCUAGUUUGUUGGACCUCAAGCAUUUACUGGAAGGAAAGAUAUUGGUGGAUGUAAGUAACAACAGGAGGUUGAAACAGUAUCCAGAGUCCAAUGCUGAGUUCUUGUCCAUGCUGCUGCCACACUCCAUCGUGGUCAAAGCAUUCAACGUCAUAUCAUCCUGGGCCAUGCUGCAGACCUCCCCCAAGGAUGCCAGCACACAGGUGUUUGUGUGCAGUGACUCGGUGGAGGCUCGUCAUCAUAUCAUGGAGUUAGCCCGCCAGCUACAUUUCCAUCCGCUAGACAUGGGUACACUAUCUUCAUCUCAGGACAUUGAAAAUAUGCCCUUACGGUUGUUUCCUGGCUGGAAAGGUCCAGUCCUCACCGCUGUCACCCUGUCUGUCUUCUUCUUCGCCUAUUCCUUCGUAAGAGAUAUCAUCCACCCUUAUCUGAAAUACAAACAGAGUGACUUCUACAAGAUCCCCAUUGAGAUGGUCAACCGGACGCUGCCGACUGUGGCAAUCACUCUGUUGGCACUGGUGUACCUGGCCGGCCAGAUAGCUGCUGCCCACCAACUGUACUAUGGCACAAAGUACAGGCACCUUCCACAUUGGUUGGAGGGAUGGCUGCAAUGCCGAAAACAGUUAGGCCUUCUAAGCUUUUUCUUAGCUUCUAUCCAUGUUCUCUACAGUCUCUGUUUGCCCAUGAGGCGGUCUGAGAGGUACCUGCUGCUCAACACUGCUUUUCAACAGGUCCAUUCUAAUGUGGAGAAUUCCUGGAAUGAAGAGGAGGUUUGGAGGGUGGAGAUGUAUGUUUCCUUUGGGAUCAUGAGUCUUGGACUCAUGUCACUGCUGGCCAUUACUUCCAUCCCUUCUGUUCACCACACACUCAACUGGAGGGAGUUUGGCUUCAUCCAGUCCACGCUGGGUUACAUCGCUCUGCUCAUCGCAACAUUCCACGGCUUCUUGUUUGGCUGGAAGCGAGCCUUCGAAGAGGAUGCUUACCGCUUUUACAUGCCCCCCAGCUUUGUGGUGGCAUUGGCACUGCCGUCGUGCGUCAUCGCGGGGAAGGUGUUGAUGCUGCUUCCAUGUGUGGCCCACAAGCUCUACCGGAUCCGCCGUGGUUUGGAUCAAAGUCCGCAUCAGAGCAAAAGCCUGGAGCCUUUUGGCUCAGCAGUCAACAUUUCACCAGAGCGAGUCACAAUGAUGUAAUGAGUACGUGUGCAACACCACCAUCAGUCUGAUUGAAGUCCCGCCCCCUUCCCUACUGAACAAUGGCGGCACACUGCUUUCAUCUUAUCUACUCGUCUUUGUUGACGUAUUUCACCUGGAAGGCCAAGCGCCCCCACACGGAAGAUGCUUCUCAAACUCUGGCUUCCCCCACUCCCCGAA